UCGUUUGCAAUGGAGGCAUACAGGCGCACGCAGCCAACUCUGAGAGCAGGAGCGCGCACGCGCCCCACGUUUUCUGGCUGGGGGGCGGGGCUGCGGACGGAGAGAGGCUGGAAAGGCGGAAGUUAUGCGCUGGACCUGCUGGAGUCCCCAGAACUUGAAAUGUCUAACAGAAGCAUUCUCAUGACUACAGUUGGUUGUAUAGAGGAUCUACUAUAUAAAAAAAAAUACCAAGAUAUUGGAAGUCAUCUUGAAUACCUUGAAACUGUUGAUAUGACUAUAAAUAAUCUCCAAGAGACUGAUACUGCCAAAGCUGUUUUCCAAAUCCUCAAGAACUGUCCCUCUGUAGUACUGAAAAACAAGGCUAAGCAUUUACUGUCAAAAUGGAAAACGCUUUAUAAAAAAUACCAAUCAAUGCCAAUCAAACCAGGACCUAGUAAUAUGGAAGAAUCUUUUGAAAAUGAUCAGGUAGUUUUGGAGAAUAUAAACUUCUGUGAAAAACAAGGCCAGCAUGAAAAAGUAGAUCCUGUCAGUUCUAACCAUUGCCUGCCAUCAGAAAACAGUUCAAAAGCUAUUAGAAGUAAUAUGCAAGAGGAUGAUGCAAUUCAACCAGAACACCUGGGAGUCUCAUGCUUGGUUAGCAAAACAAACCCAUUGGAGGAUCCCAUUAUAGCUCUGCGGUGUAAAUGCGUAGAGCUUCUUUGUGAAGCUUUGCUUGACUCUUCAAGAAGCAAUGAACAAAAUGAAAAGCCUCACAAAAUAGCAGAGGAAAUCGAACAGCACAUUUUUGCAAUUUACACUAAAAAUAAUAGAAAAUACAAAAACUGCAUCCGGAGCAAAGUUCUAAACUUGAAAAAUCCUAGAAAUUCUCAUUUAAGGAGUAAUUUGCUUACAGGGGCUCUUAAUCCCAAAACGUUUGCUGAUAUGUCUGUGAUGGAAAUGGCACACGAUGAACUGAAACAGCUCAGGACUUCAUAUACAGAAUCAUCUGUUCUGGAACAUCAGCUCCCCCAAAAUAUCAAUGGUACACAUACAAGCAAAAUAAAAUGUAGGCACUGUGAAAAAUAUGAUUGCACUGUUACUGUCAUUGCAAGGGGAGCCCUUUUCCUUCCUGGUUGGGUGCAGAAUACAAAUCCAGAUGAACAAAUGAUGACUUAUGUAAUUUGUAAUGAAUGUGGAGAGCAGUGGUACCACAGCAGAUGGAUCUGUUUGUAAUUGUACUUUAGAGGAAGUAAAUAUAAAAUAUGAAGGUAACCCAGAGCAAACAUUUGAAUGUGGAAGUACUUUAAGUGCUCGAAUGGUUUUGUAGUGCUAUAAAAUAUGGAUGUACAUUACUGGGCAAAUGAUUGUAAAAUAUUGGAGAUUGUCUAGAAAUCAGAAUAUGACUCAAACCAAUUCAUAAUAACAAAUCAACAUUGCUAUAGUACCAACGAUGUCAUGCAAUUUACAAAUAUAGGAUAUUUUAAAAGUACUUGUUAGGCUAGUAACUUUCUACAUUCAUCUGAAGGCUUAAAUUUAACUAAUAGUUGGCCAAACUCUAGGAAUGGAGUUUCCUGACUCUUUCGCAAUCCUUGAAAUUCCCUCCCUCUUUUGAUAGUCCUCAUGAGGAGACCCAAGAGUUCAAGUCAUGCAAUGUUCUUGAUAUGAAGGCAGUGUUGUUUUGGCAAUGGGGAUAUUCAUUCUGCAUGAUACCAGUUCAAGCUGAGGGUAAAUUUUAAUUAAUUUUAUGUCUUUCAUAUUUUAAUUAUAGUUACGCAUUUUAUAGUUUAUUAUUAAUGGAAGAGCAGAACAUAAUAUUAGUCUGGCCACAACAAUGCACCUUCUGUUAACCUUCCAAUUAGAUUACUGAAAAUAUACCAUACAUACAGUAUCUCUGCUCUUGAAGAUGUUUGAUAAGUAUCCAUAACUAAAUUAAUACUGAUGAUGCAGCUCAGUGUACCGAUAUCAUACCAAUACUAAAAGAGCUUUAUUAACUGCCUGUUAGUUUCUUGAGCCAAUUGAAUAUGCAGAGUCUUAACCUUUUAAAGACUUAAGUAGCUUUAGAUGAUGAAGGGGGUGCCUUUUCCCAUAGCAGCCUGGGUAUCUGUAAGAUCUUUCUCAUGAACCUUUUCCAUCAAACACACGAAGCUUAUAUCCAAGGAAGAAGUUUUCCCAUCAACAUAGAGGUUUAUUUAACGGAAAUGUUACGUACUGUCAUUGAGACUUCAGGCAAAUAAGCACAUUUUAGUAGCUGUUAAAUAUAUAACAAUCUUUUAAAUAAUUAUUAAUAAAGAUGUCAGUUUCAUUAAGAAAUGUGUUUUGUAUUUCCUGCACUAAAUUUGGCUUUAGAGAGAGAGAUACAGGCUACUUGUCAAGUUUCUAGUCAGUCACACAGUACUGUUUGGUGCUGCAGCUUUUGUGAAGAAUGAUGGAUUAGAUGGAUUUUAUUCUAAGCUAUCCAGAAACUUUUCAUCAUGUCUUAAUAAAUAGAUCAAUACAGA